AUGACUCGGUUCACUUUGGCCGCUGCCGCCCUCGUGGGACUGGCGAGUGGUGUUUUGGGAGACCUCGAGACCUGCGGUCCGGCGCAGUACGACCCGGCCCAGUACGUCUGCUGGGAUAACCAGUUUCUUUGCCCCAUCACGGCCGGCGAGCCUCUGUCCAACUGCGCCGGUGCAUGCUACAGCAAGUUCAUGUACUCUUGCACCAAUAACGUCCUAGCGCUUCUCCCGGCCACGGAAACCCCUUUCACUCUUACCGUUGACAACCCCGCCCUUCCUAUCCACGGGAAGCCUGUCACCGCGGCCGGCCGGCAUUGGACCCUCGAUGGCGAGACGAGCAGUUACUGCCCUGAGCAGGUUGGCGAUGCCUGCCCGCCGGGCGAUGAGACCGUCAUUGUCUCUACCGGCGGGCGUGUGUCCAUGAGCGUCAUGGUCCCCGGCGGCCAGCAAGCCUACCUGGACCCGUUCUGGAACAUGGGCUACACACAGGCUCAUUCGGCCGCCAUCCCUGCCGGGAGCAUCUUGGAUGGCUUCGGUGCCUACGAGGGCGGCGGUUUUGUUAACCUUAACGGAAAUGGCUGGGGCUGGGCUGCUUGCCCCCCGAGGGCCUCAGGCGGUGGUGGUCCGGGUUGGAACUUGGUGGCCCGCAACGAGACGAACGCGGAGAAGUACAACGAGUGCCACCCCAUAAACUUGAAGAUCAACUCACUGCCCAGUGCCACUUUCGGCGCUUGGCAGUACACAUAG